UACAUCAUAAUCUGGUUCAGGUAUUUCAUCGCGUUGGACUACUGAACCAGAUCUACUGCGCGCGAGUUCACUACAUACUGCGCUAUCUUCAUACUCGCUAAAAUUCUACACUCUAUCCUCUGGGCUCCUUACGCGACGACCCCGACGACCCAUCACGAGCGUGACCUCAGGCAACAAUUUUUUGGGACUUCCUCUAUUUCACCUGCUACAAUGGGAAUCUCAAAAGCGCAAGCAGCAGCGAAUAAAAAGGCUCAACAGAAGAAGAGCCGUCUCACAAAGUGGACACUGAGGACAUUCGUCGUGACCAUCCUGGCCGUUGUUGGGUACUUCCUCGAUGGAAUCAAGGACCGGUGGUACAUUUUCGACCCACCAGCUCUCCACGCACUCGCCCAAGCCGCCAUCGCCGCCUCGCCUAACUCUACCGAAGGCAUGAUCACCCACAUCCUCACCUCCUUGCACGAAACAUACCCACAAACAGCCUCCUCCCAACGAGUCAUUGCGCUCAACUCGCACGACCCUUUUGAAACACCGUCCGAAUGGGUCUUCAACAAUGCCGGCGGAGCGAUGGGUGCCAUGUACAUCAUUCACGCAUCUAUCUCCGAGUACCUCAUCAUAUUCGGCACACCUUUGGGAACGGAAGGGCACAGCGGGAUUCAUACUGCGGAUGACUAUUUCCAUAUUUUGGUGGGAGAGCAGUGGGCGUUUGCGCCGGGCGAAUUGGAGAGGGAGGUGUAUAAGCCUGGAGACGUGCAUUUGAUGCCAAGGGGCGUAGCGAAGCAAUAUAAGAUGCAUGAGGGAUGUUGGGCCAUGGAGUACGCUCGCGGUUGGAUCCCACUUAUGCUCCCCUUCGGCUUCGCGGACGCUCUCACCUCCACGCUUGACAUCCCCACGCUCUACAAUACGGUCCGCAUCACAGGGCGCGAAAUGAUCAGCAACCUACUCAUUGGAAAGAUCUAGAAACCCAAGGGGACUGUAGUACACACGCCUGCGGUAGUGUUGGGCCGUUGGAGGGUAUAUAGUGGAGGUAGAAAGGUAUGCGGUCGGACGGCGAACGGGGGAAACACACAUCAAGGUUUCUGUCAACGUUGGUGCAUAUAGAGUAUCCCAGUCUCUCGGCUUCGUGCUGCUAAUGUUGGUUGAUAUUUAUGUUAUGAUAUUGAUCUCAACGAUAUCAAGUGA